AUGUAUAACAAGCUAAAUGAAAGAACUGAUGUCUCUCCUAACUGCACUUUUGGUUGUAUAGAAAAUGAAACUAUUGAAUAUCUCUUAUUUCAUUGUCCUUAUGCCAAAUCUGUUUGGGCAUCUGAGCCUUCCCCAUUAAACAUAAAUUUUGAUAACUCCAAAAAGUUCUUAGACAUAUGCAAACAUUGGUUAGAAAAUGACAAUCCUAUUGUUCCUCUAGAAAUCAUCUUGACAAAAGUUUGGUUCAUAUGGAAAGAAAGAUGUAACAGGUCUUUUGAAAAGACAGAGCAAACUUAUUCUCAAUUAGCAUUAGAAAUUCAAAGGCAUUUGAGUUUCUGGUACAAAGAUUCUUACCAGGAAAAAGAUACUUCUACUAGAUUUAAAGAAAAACCUAUAUGGGAUGCACCAAGUCAUGAUCAGAAAAAGCUUAACAUAGAUGCAGUCUGGACUUCAGUAAAUGAACCAUCAAGCUUCUCUUUAAUUCUCAGAAAUGACGCAGGGAAAUUCGUCCAGGGAAGAGCAGGAUCCAUCUCGGCCACAUCCCCAGAAGAAGCAGAAGCUUUAGGUCUCCUACAUGCAUCAGCUUGGGCAGUGGAGGAAGGAUUAACAAACUUCAGUGUCGAAGGUGACUGCAAAAACCUCUUCGACUAUCGGAAUGGGAAACCUUCUCAAAUCACUUGGAAAAAUCAGAAGAUAAUGAAUGAAGUAAAAAGAGAUUUCAAUCUCUGUCAACACUUUUUGGGUUUUUUUUAUGUUCCUAGAUUAGCAAACAAUGUUGUCGAUAUACUGGCUAAAGAAGCUAAACUUUAUAGCACUUUUGUUGACUGGAGGGAUGUACCUCCGCCUUGCAUUGUGCAGGCCUUAGAAGUAGAUAAAUCUAAUGUUAGAGUUGAACCACUUGGCUGA